UUUUUCCUUUUUUUGCAAAGGAAUGUCGCUUCUUGCUAUCUGUGUGUCUGUCGGGAUGGAGGUCUGGCAGAUGUUUUGAGGAAAACAUGCAGGCGCUGCCAGUUGUUAACUUGCAAAUGAACCGUGAGUAUUUGCAGUAUUGAAGAAGAGACCAGACCAGGUCUCGCUGUAGUGUCGGUGGGAGAAGCCUAAGCUCAGCUAGCUGAGACGGAGCCCAUGGAGAACGGUACCGUUUAGCCAGGGGGACGAAGAUGCUCAAAAACAACAUGACCUCCUCUACUGACCGACAAGGAAGAACAUCCAGGCAGAUUUAAAAGAAUUGCACCGUAAUUAUUGAGUCAUUUGGCAACAUAUUCACCUUCAAGUAUGGAUCCUUAACUCCCUUUAACAUCAGCAAACACAGUUUAAUUUGUCCUUGAGCCGCGAGGAGUCGUCAGGCAGAGUUCCAUUCUACUACCCCGUGUCACCGUACGAGUUUGUGAAGCCUUGUCAGGAUGUUUUCAGCGCUGAAGAAGCUGGUGGGAUCUGAGCCAGGGCAGCUCAGGGACAAGAACAUUCCCGCCGGCCUCCAGUCCAUGAACCAAAGUUUGCAGAGACGCUUCGCCAAGGGGGUCCAGUAUAACAUGAAAAUAGUCAUCCGGGGAGACAGGAACACUGGAAAGAGUACUUUAUGGCAUCGACUACAGGGCAAGAAGUUUGUGGAGGAGUACAUACCCACUCAGGAGAUCCAAGCCACAAGCAUCCACUGGAAUUACAAAACUACUGAUGAUGUGGUGAAGGUUGAGGUGUGGGACGUGGUAGACAAAGGCCAAAAAUAUCCUCUUCCUGAAGGUGUAGGCAAAGGCAAAAGGCGCGGGGACAAUUUGAAACUAGAGAAUGAGCCCCAAGAGUCGGAUGAAGUGGCCCUGGAUGCAGAGUUCCUGGACGUGUACAAGAACUGCAAUGGAGUCAUCAUGAUGUUUGACAUCACCAAGCAGUGGACAUUUAACUACAUCCUGAGGGAGCUUCCUAAAGUACCCACCCAUGUGCCGGUGUGUGUGCUGGGAAACCACCGGGACAUGGGAGAGCACCGUGUCAUCCUCCCCGAUGAUAUUAGAGACCUGAUCGCUGGACUCAACAGACCAAUGGGAUCAUCUUACAUCCACUACGCUGAGUCCUCUAUGAAGAACGGCUUUGGUUUGAAGUAUCUGCACAGGUUUUUCAACAUCCCCUUCCUUCAGCUACAGAGAGAGACCCUCCUGAGGCAGCUGGAGACCAACCAGCUGGACAUUGACGCUACUCUGGAGGAGCUCUGUGUCCAGCAGGAGACUGAAGAUCAGAACUAUGAGAUUUUCUUGGAGAACUUGGAGUCUCGCAGCAAGGGCCUGGGCUCCCCGGGUCCAGCUAACGGUCAGAGUCCCUCCUCUGGCUCUCAGUCCCCCAUCGUCCCUCCCAGUGGAGCCUCCACAGGCAGCUCCAGUCCGAGCACCCCUCAGCCCCCCGCGCCCUCCCAGGCUGUCCCUCAGUCUCCGUCUGUGUCCGCGUCCUCGCUUCCACCUGCCGCAGCAGCGACUGGUGUAGCAGCUUCACCCACGACUGAAAUCAAGGCAUCGGCACAGUCUCCAGAACACCUCCAGUCCUCGGCCGCGUCCGGAGCAUCGGCCCCACAGAAACGCGGCUUCAUGUCCCGCUGGUUUGGCUCAUCUCCUGCCGCCGAUGCUCCUGCUUCAGCAGCAGAGGACCCUCCUGCACCAGCGUGUCCUGCUAAUGUCCAGAGUGUGGAUGAUUUUGUGCCCGAUGAGAGACUGGACAAGAGUUUCCUGGAGGACAGCCUGCCCUCAAAGAGCAAGGGGCAGCAGCGUGCACCAGCUCCGGCUGUGGACAGCGACAGUGAGGGUGAGGACAGAGGAAACCCCAUGGUGUCCGGUUUCCAAGAUGAGCUUGAUCCUGAUGACACUCAGUCCAGCCUUCCCCAAGCUAAGACCCUGCCCCCCAGUAAAGACAUCACCUUAACCAGUGAUGAGGAGGAGGGAGUAACAGAAGCACCCUUAAUCAUACAGGACCAAGACCUGGACAGUGAACCCGAGCUCAAACCGCCUGUGGUCCACAUCACAAAACCAAAGGUGGCAUCUAAACCUCCAGAGCCCAGUGGCCAGACCACAGCCCCCAUCUCCCUGACUCUGACUCCAGCAGCGGAGCAGCCGGGCCGACACCAAGGAAAGAAGAAGGGAAACACCCCCAAAGCAGAUGACUCCGACACAGACCCAGAGGCGCCUGUAGCCCAGCAGAUGCUCUCUUUUGUCAUGGACGACCCCGACUUUGAGUCUGAGGCAUCAGACACACCAAAAAUAGCAAAGGAUUCAUUUCCAGUCAGGGAUGAGCUGCUGUCCGACCUCUCUGACGACGACAUGCAGUUAGUGAAGGUGGCAGAGCCCCUGAAGCCCACUGUGAUCUCCUUCAAACCCAAGGACGAUACCGACCUGUUUGGCCUCGGGAUCCACGAAGAGCCUCCUGUGACCAAGGACAGCAGUGAGGAUCAGGAAGAGAAAGAAAGCAAACACUCCUCCAAAGACAAGAAGAAGAAGAAGAAGAAGAGCAAAGAGGAGGAAGAAAAGAAUAAGAAGAAACACAAACACAAGAAAAAGGAAAAAGACGAAGUCCCUGCUGCAGACGAGAAGGAGAAAAAGAAAAAGAAAUCCCGGACCAAGAAAACAGAAGUGGAUGAGUUGGAGGAUUUUCUGGGCGGAGGAGCAGGAUCGAUCAAAAGAGAUGAUGGUGAUUAUGAAGAACUAUAAGACGUCCUGUUUUGCUAGGAAACGGAGCCGUAGAACAGCAGUAAAACCUCCUGGUUCCUUGACUUGUAUGUGCAUAAAGCAGCAUCUCCAAGCCAUACACUCUACGCAAGGCUACCAAUGGCACCCAGGUAAAACCCCAAAGGACUCUGGUACAUGUAUGUUCCUUCUGAUUAUUUUCCGUAUCUGCACUACUGCUCUCACUUCCACUCCAACCAAUAAGAAAAGGAGGGGAGACCUACGUGUACUGUAGAGACAUAAAAUCUAAUGAUCGGUGUGGACUCUCGGCUCUUUGAACACGAAUGAAUAUGUUGGCUGAACAUUUUCUUUGAUUUGAUACACUCUUCAAGUGAUCCACUCGGUAUCAGCUGCUGUAAAUAAGGUUAACAUUUGGUCCGAAUGUUUGUGUGGUUGGUGUGAUAAUUGAGAGCAUGCUCGAAGUGACGACUGACUCCAUAAAGACUAGUAUAGUCUGCUUUCUUUCUUUCCUUCUUGUUGGCUUAAAUGGUUAAUGGCAGAUAUAGUCUCGUGUCUAAUCAUGAUCACUGAGAAAGACGUUAGUCAGAGUGAGCUGAUUUCAGAAUGACUUCUCCUUCCUUCACUCCUGGAGUAUAUCAUCCACACUCAGUCAUUUAAAUCUGAAAAUCUAUUUUUCCUUGUGUUGGCCGACUGAACAGACUUAAGAGCCUCCAAAUUAAAUAAGUCUUUAAGUUUUUGUUUGUUUUGUUUGUGUGUUUGGAAGCCAGUCCAAACUUUUCCUGGUCCAAAAUUUUAGUGGCUGUCAAACUGCUGGAUUCAAUCAUUUGGGUGAACUUCAUGUGGCGAUGGACAGAAGGUUAACAGGGACGUAGUCAUAUAUAUCAUCUGACCGCUGUUUAUUUUGUUUGUUGCUCUGAAUGGUCGUAGGACUAUCCAGUUACACUAUACCCCAGUGUCUGCAACACACUACAGUUUGUCACGGUUCAUUUUGAGAAAAUCUGACAGUAAGAAUAAAUAAACUAUGAGCGUCCUCUUAAAAAUUAAAUUAGGGUAGAACUGGGGUAGCUGAAUUGUUGCAGUGUUUACCACAUAACCCAAAAAAAGCCAUAGGUCCCUGUCUCACUUCAUGUUUCCUGUCUGAAACUCAACUCUUCACUGUCCACUAAAGGCAAAAACUAAAACACCAUGUGGUCUGUUCUCUAUCAUAUCGUAAGAUAAAAGUUAUCUGACAUAGUCUGGCCUGACUUGAAAAGACAGAUGGAAUUCUGAAAGCAUCACAACAACAUGAGGUACAUGGGUUGUCAGCAGAGAUAUAAAUUUCAGACAUUACUUGUCUCGUGUCAUGUAAAACAUGGUCUAUGGACCAUGGAUCUUCUGCAGACACAAUGCAGAGAGGCCGAGAACUUUCAGAUUUCAGUGAACCUGAAACCUUUGGCCUGUCAGCCUCAGGUCAGGAGCUAUGCUGCUGCUCGUCCCACACUCACCCUGAUCAACUGACAGGUAGCAAAAAGACAGAGGCCAGGACUUCAUGAGGCCACUUUUUUUUCCUCAAAAAAAAAAAAAAAAAAAAAAAAAAUCUUUUACAAAAACUCCUGCUUGCAGUUCUCAGAGUUAGCUGACUCAGCGUGGACGUACUCUUGGUGUGAAGGUGGCAACAGCCACAAGCCGGGGGUUUUGCUUUCGUCACCUCCUAAAGCUGCUUCGACAGUGAACAAGCAAGUAACUUUUGAUAUCAAGAUAUUUCCCUGCCCGCCCAUCUCUGCUUCGCUAUCAAGGCUACUAACGAAUUUCUCUUCACGUUUUCUGCGAUUGCCUUAAUGGAGGUUACUACAAGGGAAUGAGGUGCAGCUGUCCCAUGAACCAUUUUAAGUGUUCUUACUGUAAAGUGUUAGGUAGCUCAGUUGGGUUUAGAAAGUUGUCCUAGACUUUUAUCGGUGGAUAUGCAUCAUCAUUGAAGCCUGUGUUGCCGUGAAUCUGUGCAUUUAUCUGUCUGUUGCUUUUGUUUGAUUCUCAUUGAACAGCAACCCUGCUAAAGGAGUGCUAUGUUAAUAUUAUCUCCACAUUUCUGUCCUUGUUUUAUCCGUGUGUUAUUUAUUGCUGCUGUUUUUUUUUUCUCGUUUUUUUGAAUGUCAGGGUUUUGUUUGUGUGAUCUCUCUGUUUGUGUGCCCACCUGUCAAACCUAUCACGCAGCUUUCUCUGGGUUACAGCUAUUCACAUUUCUGGACUUCUUUAAAAACACAGUCCUGCAGUUUAAUUCCUCAGCUUUUUAACAAAGCAUACACAGUGAUACGGACUGCUUAACUCUUCACGCGUUGCUUCUUUUUCCCGAACGCCUCAAACUGCCUGUUUAGGAUAGAAGGUGAGCAUCUUCCACAACUCGCUUAAAGACAAACAGUUUCAAAGAAGAGAAAAGAUGUGUAUUUUUAGACGCAUUUUGACAGAUUUCAUACAGUUUUCCAUCUGCCGCACACACACACACACACACACACACACACAGUAACACUCUGUUGGUUUACAAAGAAAUAAUGUUUGAUAUUCCAAAGUUGAAACUAUGCAGCAUUGAUCCUGAAUACUGUUUGCUCUCUUUUCUUUUAACUUUUGUGUCAUGUGAUUGAGGAUAAAUGCUGACAGCACAGUUUCAAGCAAAGCAUGAGACUUAAAUGUACAGCAAGAAAAGAAUGUAUAAAGAAUAAAAAUAUAUAUACAUGAAGAGCUUUGUUCCAAAAGGACGCGUACACCAUGUGGAAACGAUUCCACUGAAAUGUAACAAAUUCAAUAAUUCAAAGUAAUAUCCAACAGUGGAAGUUAUUGUGAAACGUCGAUGACUAAAGUAAUAACAUUUGUGAGAAUGAUGUGCACUUUAGAAGAAGUGUGUUUCAGGUUAUUUUUUCCAAAUGGACGUACAAAAUGUAUUUGGAAUGAACCCCUUCAGUUAUUUUUCACCCCAUGACAUGUUCCAUCUUUACACUAUGUGUGAGUUUGCCCAUGUUUGGUUUGUCCAAUAAAUGCAAACUUAUUUCUUCAUAAAAAAAAAA